GGACUACUGACUGUUUCUCGACUUGUCACGUUCGUCGGAUCGUUCGUUCGUUCGUUGCAAUUGCAUGGAGUUGUGUCAUUGGGAAUCAGCUACGGAUGCCGAGUUAGAAUCACAGAGCUUGGUUCUUUCUUCACGUUCUGGUCUUCCCUGGGCACCUUGAUUCGUGGAGGUAGUUAGGAAGUUAGGAAGUUAGGUAGGUAGGUGGGUCCUUGAUCAAUAUCCCCCGAGGACCAUGGAGGCCAAAAGUCAGGCCUGCGCCCAACUGAUCCGGCAACACUUCCCCGUCAUCGAUGCCGACCUCUUCCAAUACAUCCAAGAUGUGAUCCAAAUGUCCGGCGAUGAUUUCGAGCACGAUGAGGACGUGUUUGAGGCCGUGGGCGGCUUUCUUCACGAAUGUGAUAUGGCCAAAUCCGAGCAGGACAUCAAGUCCCUUUGUGAAGGCAUUUUUGGCCUACUCCACGGUGAAGAUGGCAACCAAUCCAACGGAAAAUCCGGUCAGCGGGUCUUGGACGCGCCCGUUCAAAUGAAAGAUAUUGGCGGGAGCGAGACCAAUGGCCAAGAAGAGCCCACGGGCAGUAUUUGGAUCCAAAAGAUUGAGGACAACUUGAGUGUGGACAAGAAGAAAUUGGAGAAAGCCGAGCAGAUGUUACUUAAGAAAAUGGAUCGCAAAGACAAGGUGGAAAAACCGGCAGCCAAUCGCUAUAAGAGCCAUGAAGCCACGGCGUCGCAAGUGAUCAGUAAAAAAGACGCUAAAGCCGAGGCUUCGAAUCUCCAGACCAAGGACAUACGGAUUGAAAAUUUCGACAUCUCCUUUGGGGAUCACGUGCUCUUGCGAGGUGCUCAUCUGGUCCUCUCUUUUGGUCGACGUUAUGGCAUGGUGGGCCGCAAUGGCAUGGGAAAAUCUACCCUGUUGAGAAUGAUCUCUAGUGGUCAAUUGGUCAUUCCCUCACACAUAUCCAUCCUGCAUGUAGAGCAAGAAGUUACCGGCGACGACACCAUAGCUCUGCAAUCUGUUCUGGAGAGUUUAGAGAAGCGCGAAUCUUUGCUACGGGAGGAGAAGGAGAUUAACCAGACCAUCAACGACGGAGGCGAUCCUGCCCUGUCAUCCCGCUUGACGGAAAUCUACGCCGAACUUGAAGCCAUGGAGUCAGACAAGGCCCCCUCCAAAGCAUCGGUGAUCCUGGCGGGUCUGGGAUUCACCUCCGAGAUGCAGGCUCGUCCCACCAAGACCUUUUCUGGCGGUUGGAGAAUGCGUUUGGCCUUAGCGCGAGCUCUUUUUUGCAAGCCUGACCUCUUACUCUUGGACGAACCGACAAACAUGUUGGAUAUGCAGGCCAUCAUCUGGUUGGAACGAUAUCUCCAAACUUGGAGUACCACCUUGUUGGUGGUAUCUCACGACCGGAAUUUCUUGGACGAGGUCCCCACGGACAUGCUCCAUCUCCAUUCCCAAAGAAUCGACAACUACAGAGGUAACUACACGGAAUUCAACAACACCAUGACUGAGCGACUCAAGUCUCAACAACGCGAAUACGAGGCCCAAAUGGAUUACCGGAAACACGUCCAAGAGUUCAUUGACAAGUUCCGAUUCAAUGCCAAACGCGCGUCUUUGGUUCAAUCCCGAAUCAAACAACUUGAGAGGCUGCCUGAAUUGAAACCCAUUGAAAAGGAGACGGAUGUGGUGCUGAAGUUCCCCGAUGUGGAGAAGUUGUCCCCGCCCAUACUCAUGUUGAGUACCGUCACAUUUGCUUAUGACAAGAAUCGGACCAUCUUUUCCAACGUGGACCUGUCGGCCACCAUGGAAUCCAGGAUAUGUAUCGUGGGAGAAAAUGGGGCGGGUAAAACCACCCUGCUGAAGAUCCUCAUGGACCAGCUGUCCCCGACUUCAGGCGAUCGGACGUCGCAUCGGAACCUCAAAUUCGGCUACUUCUCCCAACACCACGUGGACCAAUUGGACAUGAGCAUAUGCUCCGUGGAACUCAUGCAAAAAGAGUUCCCCGGCUUCAAAGUCGAGGAAUACAGACGCAUGCUCGGCAGUUUCGGUGUCACCGGAGAAAUGGCCUUGCAACAGAUUUCGAGUUUGUCCGGAGGUCAGAAAUCGCGAGUAGCAUUUGCUAUUUUGUGCGCGCACAAGCCCAACUUCCUGAUUCUGGACGAGCCCACUAAUCACUUGGACAUCCAGACCAUCGAGGCCCUAGGCAAUGGACUUCUCAAGUAUAAGGGCGGAGUUAUUUUGGUCAGCCACGACGAGCGUCUGAUCCGAAUGGUGUGCCAAGAGCUCUGGGUGUGUUCCAAAGGGCGUGUCUACUCGCUGGAUGGGGGCUUUGACGAAUAUAGAGCAAUCAUCGAGAAGGAACUGGUCUUGGCCUGAUCGGCCGAAAAUGCCACGGGCUUGCCCACCUUUUAGCGCGUUUGUACGUCAAUACACGAUCUUUUCUAUCCCA